AUGCCGCCCAAGAAGCUACAGUCGACAGACUACCACGUCGCCUGGAUCGCCCCCGUAUCCGACCUCGAAUUGCUGCCGUCGCGCCUGAUGCUCGACGAGGAGCACGACGCGCCCGACUACGAUACCGCCUACGACGACAACGUUUAUACAUGCGGAGCCCUUGCCGGUCACAAUGUCGUCAUCGCAACUUGCGCGCCGGGUAUGACCGGCAACGUCAACGCCGGUCGCGUGACGGGUUCAAUGUUUAAGACGUUUUCUUCAAUUCGCAUGGCCGUUCUUGUCGGUAUCGGUGGCGGGGUACCCCGCGCCGAGCCCUCGGACGACCCGACCGAAGACGUGCAUCUUGGGGACGUGGUGGUCGGCUGGCCCGGCGAUGGAGGGCCGGCGUGUAUUUAUUACGAUUCGGGGAGGUGGCACACGGAUGGAGAAUUUGAGGUGCUUGGGACGAUCAACCGGCCCGAUCAAGUGCUUUUGAACGCGCUAGGCAAACUCGUAUCGGACCACGAAAUGGAUAUGAGCACUUUCGACGUGCAUCGAAAGCGGUUGCUCCAAUCGAAACACAACCGAAAGUUCACUUUUCCCGGCCUUCAGCGAGAUCAGCUUUUUAACGCUUCAUACCAACAUGCUGGUAUUCCAAAAAACAAAUGCGCAAGUUGCGAUAGUAGCCAGCUCGUUCAGCGACCUGAAAGAACGGAAGAAGAAGCGACCGGCUUUAUUUUCCACCGGGGCAGGAUUGCUACGGGAAACGCGGUGGUGAAGGACGGCGAGCGGCGAGAUCAGAUCCGAGAGCUGUGCAAUGGUGCUCUUUGCAUCGAGAUGGAGGCGGCGGGGGUGGAUGCCGGGCGGUCAUGUCUGGUCAUCCGCGGCAUUUCGGAUUAUGCCGAUUCGCAUAAGGAUGACAUUUGGCGAUCGUACGCGGCGGGGAAUGCUGCGGUGUUUGCUCGGGAAUUGCUCAGCAAAAUCCCGCCGAGUAGCGUUCGAAAUUUGGCCAUCGAAGUGCAUUUUUAUGUCCCGUUCAGCAGGAACGAACACUUUGUAGGCCGAGAAGAAAUCCUGGGCCGGCUCCUAAAACGGCUGCCCCCUAUAGCACACCCAGACGCCUGCCAACGCACAGUCAUCCAUGGCCUCGGUGGUAUCGGAAAAACGCAGGUCGCCAUUGAGGCCGCCUACCGUGUGCGCGAUGCAUACCCCGAAUGCUCCAUUUUUUGGGUUCCGGCUGUGGACAUGACGAUGUUCGAAAACGCUUACCGAGAAAUUGGCCAAUCUUUGGAGAUCCAAGGAAUAGAGGACGACGACGCCAACGUUAAAACGCUCGUAAACGCUGCACUUAGUCGAAAUGACGCGAAACCGUGGCUUCUUAUUAUCGAUAACGUCGAUGAUUUACAGCUCCUAACGGACGGGCGAUUAACAUCCCAUCUGCCCUUUAGCGGCAAAGGUUCCAUCCUGUUCACGACCCGAAACCGUCAAAUAACGGCGCACCUUCAAGCUCGAGAGGGUGUGUUCGACCUGAUUCAGCUAAAUGAUGACGAAUCACGUCAGUUAUUACAUCAAGGCCUUCAGACGAGCCAAAUAGGCGACGAAAAAUCGACAAACAAACUCCUGGAAUACCUUGUCUGUUUGCCGUUGGCGAUUAAACAAGCUUCGGCCUAUAUGCAGUUAAAUAUGUAUAUGACAAUUGCUAAAUAUUUGGAAAUUUGUAAAGCUAGCAAUCAAAAUAUGAUCGCCAUGCUUAGCAGAGAUUUCGGGGAACAGGACCGGUACGAAAAAACGGCCAACGCGAUAGCUACAACGUGGCUUAUAUCUUUCGAACAGAUUGCGCGUGACGCACCAUUGGCAGCAUCCUACCUUCGGAACAUCGCGUAUUUUGCGGAAAAGGAUAUUCCGAUAUCGUUGCUGCCUGAUGGGCGAGAAGAUUGGGACAAAGUCGAAGCUGUGAGCGUUUUGAAAGGGGCGAUCAAGUACGAGGAGGCAGAGCAGAUGCACCGGAAGACAUUGGCGCUUUAUGAAAAGGUGCUGGGCCCAGAAAACCCGUCGACACUCAACAGCAUGAACAACCUGGCAUCGGUGCUUUACAGGCAAGGGAAAUACGAGGAGGCAGAGCAGAUGCACCGGAAGACAUUGGCGCUAAGGGAAAAGGUGCUGGGCCCAGAAAACCCGUCGACACUUAAUAGUAUGAACAACCUGGCAUUGGUGCUUGACAGUCAGGGGAAAUACGAGGAGGCAGAGCAUCUGUAUCAGCGAGGCAAAAGCUCUCCAAACUUCUCUGCAUCCGUAGAUCAUCUUCCCGGAUCCAUCAACUUGGCCGACAUCGCUAUUUCAAGUAUUGCUUUCGUUUUUAUCAAUUGUGUAGCAGACUAUUUGUCAUCACGUACAUGCUGCUACCGCAUGAGCGAAGCCAAGGGUUGGAUCCUGUCAAUUAUUUUCGGGAGGUUAACUAAGGAAGAAGGGUGCGUUCCGUGUGCGGACCUCGCCUAUGUAGGUGCGCCUGAGAUCCAGGGGUCCAAAGCUAUCUUGUCCAAGCCAGGAUUUACCGAAUAA